AGUUGGCAUCUACAUUCCCAUCGAUCAUACGAGUGCCGGACACGAUGUCGAACAAGAUUGCAAUCCUCCUGGCUGUGCUGGUUGCGGUAGUUGCUUGCGCGGAGGCGCAGGCCAACCAGCGCCAUCGGCUUGUAAGACCGAGCCCGAGUUUCUCCCCGCGACCCCGGUACGCCGUUGGCCAACGCAUCGUCGGUGGGUUCGAGAUCGACGUGUCGGAUGCACCGUAUCAGGUGUCGCUCCAGUACAACAAGCGCCACAACUGCGGUGGUUCCGUCCUGUCCAGCAAGUGGGUGCUUACGGCUGCUCACUGCACCGCCGGUGCCUCGACCUCCAGCUUGACCGUGCGCCUGGGAACAUCGCGUCACGCUUCCGGCGGAACCGUGGUGCGCGUUGCUCGCGUCGUGCAGCAUCCCAACUACGAUAGCAGCAGCAUCGAUUUCGACUACUCCCUGCUGGAGCUGGAAGACGAACUUACCUUCAGCGAUGCGGUCCAGCCGGUUGGUCUGCCGAAACAGGACGAAACGGUGAAGGAUGGAACCAUGACGACUGUGUCUGGCUGGGGCAACACCCAGAGUGCCGCCGAAUCGAAUGCCGUUCUGCGGGCUGCCAACGUGCCGACCGUUAACCAGAAGGAGUGCAACAAAGCUUACAGUGACUUCGGAGGUGUCACCGAUCGUAUGCUGUGUGCCGGAUACCAGCAGGGCGGAAAGGACGCUUGCCAGGGAGAUUCCGGCGGUCCGCUGGUUGCUGAUGGCAAACUGGUCGGUGUGGUUUCGUGGGGCUACGGUUGCGCUCAGGCCGGUUAUCCGGGAGUGUACUCGCGCGUUGCAGUCGUCCGCGACUGGGUGCGCGAGAACAGUGGAGUUUAAAACGGUUCUCGGCUACAAAACGGUACUGGAUUUUGGAAUCAAACGAAAGCAAUCGCUACAACAGAACAAAUAAAAGAACAUUAAUUAAAACGCA